UCUCACUGUCCCUCUUUUUGGCCGCGCGGCCAAUAGCACGUAGCUGGCAUAAAUGAACUUCAGAAGUUUAAAUGUUUGUUGAAAAGGUUAUUGCAGAGGGUUUCAAAUCUUAUGCCGAAAGAACAGAAGUUUCAGGGUUUCAUCCACAUUUCAAUGCAAUUACUGGUUUAAACGGUAGUGGUAAAUCCAAUAUAUUGGACUCUAUAUGCUUUGUUUUAGGAAUAACAAAUCUCGCCCAGGUACGAGCAACCAAAUUACAAGAUUUGAUUUAUAAGCAAGGUCAAGCCUCUGUGACAAAAGCUAGUGUGACUGUUUGCUUUAAUAACUCUGAUAAAAGCCGUAGUCCUGUCGGCUAUGAGAAUCACGACAAAAUUCAAGUUACCCGAAUAAUCGAAGUGAAUAAAGAAGGGAAGUACUUAAUUAACGGUAAAAUUGCUAAGCGACAUGCCGUCUCGCAACUUUUCCACAGCGUGCAACUCAAUGUUAAUAACCCUCACUUUUUAAUCAUGCAGGGGAGGGUCACGAAGGUUUUGACCAUGAAACCGGUGGAGAUUCUUUCAAUGGUUGAGGAGGCGGCCGGCACGAAAAUGUAUGAAAACAACAAAAACGAAGCGUUAAAACAAAUUGAAAAAAAAGAGGCGAAACUUGCGGAGAUAAACUAUCUGUUGCUUAACGAAAUCGGUCCGGCUCUCAAUAAACUUCGUUCUGAGCGCUCCAGUUAUAUUGCGUUUAAGAAGUUAGAGAAAGAGUAUGAAAUUCUUCAGCGUUUUGAAGUGGCCAAAGCUUACUUUUCAAAAGAGCACUUCCUUGUGGGUUCCACUGACAAAAAAAGAGAACUGGAAAAAGUUCAUGGGGAGCUUAGCGAAAAGAAAAGUAAGCUUGAGGAAAAACACGUCCUACUGCAUUCCCGUCUGCGGCAGAUCUCAGACCACUCUACUUCAGCAGAGCAAGCCAAUGACCUUCUUGCCCUAGAAAACGAAGUCAACCAUCUUUCAAAGAGGUAUAUGAAGUAUAAAACUAGCUGUGAAAACCUCACAGCAAGUAUAAGAAAGGAAAACUCGCGUCAGCAGCAGUUGAUCUCCGCAAAAGAAGAAAUCAGCAGAGCUUUGGUGGAAAAACAGCGUGCGUUGAUUAAGAGCGAGGGAAGCUUGGAAAACCAGCGGAUCAUAUCGCACGAGUGCAGCAUCGCCGCUAAGCGCCUGGAGAAUAAGUUGGAAUCUUUAAGGACGGGCGUCGUCGUGGGCGAGGCUGACCAGGCGUCUUUAAGCGAUCAGCUUAAUGAACACCAGCACGUACUGCAACAGACGGCUACAGAGAGGAAGCAGUUGUGUGUCCGGCUCAACAACAUCAAAAGUAUCAAAGGGAUUUCAGAUUUCGUUCUUUCUUUUAUUACUCUGCUCUCUGUGGGUCUUUUAGAAACUCUCUUGCAGAAACAGGGCAUUGCAGCAGAAGCAGAAAAAGAGCUUUCUUCCAUUCGAGAGAAAAUAUCAUCCGCAGAAAAGGAGGUGAGACGUCUUGAAUCUGAGCGCACGCGUUCAAUCUCUAAAGAAGAGUUAGUAAAAAGGUUAUUAGCUCUGCAGCAGAAGAAAGAGGAGCGAGAAAGUGUAGUCUCACAACUUCAGGAAUCACUUGACUCUUUGAGUACUCAGCUGGGCGCUCUGCACUUCACCUACACCCCUCCCAGCGCAACCUUCGAUCACCUUUGUGUAAAAGGGAUGGUGGCUCGUCUCAUUCACGUCCCCAGCAGCACCUACUGCACCGCGCUUGAGGUGGCGGCAGGGGGGCGGCUAUACCACGUUGUGGUUGACACCCAGCAUGCAGCGGCGCAGCUUCUAGCCAGGGGAAACCUGAAACGACGCGUUACUAUUAUCCCGUUGGAUAAAAUAGCUGUCAAAACAAUUACUGAUGACUCUCUAGAGAGAGCUAAACGCGCGGGCGGCUCCCAGAACGUUGCAGCGGCUCUUUCCUUGAUUGAAUAUGAGAAAAAGCUUAAAAAAGCCAUGGAAUUCGUCUUUGGCGGAACGGUGGUCUGUACAGACCAGGAGGCAGCUAGGCGUGUCACGUUUGCCAAAAAUGUUAAUCUACGGUCGGUCACCCUCGAAGGGGAUCUCUAUGAGCCCACAGGGACCCUCACUGGUGGCGCCAAUCUUACAAAGACUCCCAUUCUUCGAUCGCUGCAAAAACUUACGCACGUAGAGAGAAACCUUGAAGACGCCUUGCGCGCGCUAUCGUCUGUUAAGGAAGAGAUUGCUGCCGUUAACCAAAAAGAGGUCGAACUUGAGCAUAUACAACAAGCAUUAGCAUUAAACGAUCAUGAGCUCAAGUUGUUGCAAGAAACACUGGCUUGCAACCCCUUUCAUCAGCAGCUGCAAGAGCUUGAAUCUCUCAAUAAAGAAGAAGCAAUAUUUGCUGAAAAAGUUCGUGUUUCUGUAGAAAAAGAAGAGGAAAUUAAACGAAAAUGUAUAAUAUUAGAAGAAGAAAUCAACAACUUUAAAACAUCCAAAACCGACCACCUGAAUUAUUUGGAGGGACAGCUCUGCUCAGCGAGAGAAAAAGCGAAGGAAAACGUGGCGGUAUUGAAGAAACUACAAAACAAGGUUGCUGAGACAAAGUUCGAAAUUGAGGAAAUGCUGAAGGAAGAGCAACUACUAGAGGAGCAAAGCAGGGUCAUCGACUCUAAUAUUCAGACCCUAUCACGUGAUUUGGAGAACGCCCAGCAGAGCCUAGCAGACCUCGAGAACAAGCACGGAAAGGCGAAAGAACGACUAAAAGAAGAAAAACAAAAGAUGCAUGCCACGUGCAGUGAGAAGACAAAACUUGAAGAGGACAUUAGCCAUCUGGAAAAUUUGCUCGCCGACUGCAAAGUUGAACUAAAAACUGCCAUAAAUAAUAAGAAUCGCCUCGACACUCAAAUCCUUGAAACACGAGAAGAGCUGAAAGCAUUGGAGAGGAAGUACUCCUGGAUCGUGGACGAAAGAAAUAACUUUGGUAUCCACGGUGGGCCGUACGACUUUGCGAACAGACGCUUUGACAAUAUUAGUAAACAAUUAGAAUCUUGCGAGAAAAAAUUAAACGCGCUCAAGUACAACUUGAAUUCCAAAGUCAUUACGCGGUUUGAGGAGGUCGAGGCCGAGAAUAAUGCCCUACUGAAAAAGAAGUCCAUUGUCGAGAAAGACAGAGAGACCAUCUACGAGUCCAUAAAAGAUUUGGACGCCAAAAAAAACGAAACACUCGAGGAAACUUACAAGGAAGUUGACAAGCACUUCGGCUCCAUAUUUUCGACUCUUUUGCCAGGGACUCAGGCCAGGCUAGUUCCUGUGAGCGAUAAACAUUUGCUUGAGGGCCUGGAGGUGAAGGUAGCCUUCGGUAGCCAGUGGAAAGAGUCACUAUCGGAGUUGAGCGGCGGACAGCGCUCCCUUGUGGCUCUUUCUCUGAUUCUAGCUCUUUUGCGUUACAAACCGGCUCCCAUGUACAUUUUGGACGAAGUUGAUUCGGCUUUAGAUUUGUCACACACGCAAAACAUCGGCAGGAUGCUUAAAACUCAUUUUAGUGACUCGCAGUUUAUUGUUGUAUCUUUAAAGGAAGGCAUGUUUAACAAUGCCAACGUCCUUUUUAAAACUGCUUUCGUUAACGGAAUGUCCACGGUAACCCGCAUUUGCAAUUCCUCUUAUCUACCCGAAGAAAGAACAAAAAUAAAUUUCUAAACAUUUGGUACUCUGCCUAUUAUUAUUCCCUUUCUAAUAAAGUUUACGACAAAAGA